AUGGAUGAGUAUCAGGAGAUGGAGAGGUUCGGCAUGGAUAACGACUACGAAGACGGCCAGUGGAUUGGCGGUGAAUUCUACGGCCGCCGCAGGCAGAAGCGCACCCAGACCAAAGACGACGUUCUAUACGGUGUGUUUGCCUCAGGUGACAGUGAUUCCGACUCUUACGAAGGUUUGGGAUCCAAAAAACGCCGCAAAGACUUAUCCAAGAGUACCGACUACUCCAAACCUGUCAGCUUUGUCUCCACUGGCUCAGUUAUGCCCAGUCAGGAAAUCGAUCGCGAUUCCAAAAAAGAUAAAGAAAUACGAGACCAGGAUCCAAAGGAUACUGCUCGUGAAGAAAAUGUGGAAGUGGACGAUUUUUUGCCUACCACCUUGAUGGGUGACUUGGUCCGAGCGGGCGGCGAGAGGCGUGAGAAGGAAAAGGAGAAAUCGAAGCAAACCAAGAAGCCUGCUCAAGCUAGCACCAGGCGGGGCCCAGACCCGAACGGGGCCGGCUCGUUCGAGAAGCACACAAAGGGCAUUGGGAUGAAACUGCUAGAAAAAAUGGGAUACAAGGGAGGUGGGCUUGGGAAAAACGAGCAAGGAAUCACAGCCCCCAUCGAGGCCAAAGUCCGGCCCAAGAACAUGGGAAUGGGUUUCAACGACUAUAAGGAGGCGGCCCCGUUGGUACUGCAGGGAUUGGACGAGAAAGCAACUCCUGGGCCGACCAGCCUGUCCACGGAGGUUCGUUCGAAAGAAAAGCGUUGGUCGAAGCAAGCUCUGAAAAAGAACAAGAAUAAGCAGGCUUUUUUAACUGCCGAGGAGCUGCUUGCUCGGAAGCAGGACCAGGCCACUGAGGUUGUGCAGAAGAUUUUUGAUAUGAGAGGGCCACAGGUCCGGGUACUGACAAAUUUGGAGAACUUGAAUGCUGAGGAGAAAGCCCGGGAGCAAGAUGUUCCCAUGCCCGAGCUACAACAUAAUGUUCAGCUGAUAGUUGAUCUGGCAGAGCUCGACAUACAGAAGCUCGAUAGGGAUUUGAGAAACGAGAGGGAGACAGUGUUUGCUCUGCAGAAUGAAAAGGAGAAGCUGCAAAAAGAGGCAAGUCGCCAAAAGCAACAGCUUGAGAACAUGGAGGACAUUGUGAGCGUGCUAGACCAAAUAGGUGAACAGAGCUCCUCGGGGACGCUAACUUUAGAAUCCCUUGCAAAUUCGUUCAUGGACAUGCAGUUGAAAUUUGCGGAUGACUACACUUUAUGCAACUUAUCUAGCAUUGCAUGCUCGUAUGCUCUCCCCUUAUUUAUUCGAAUUUUCCAGGGAUGGGACCCACUUCAGAACCCGACUCAUGGGGUCGAGGUUGUAUCCAUGUGGAAAAAAUUGCUACAAGGGAAGGACUCCCUGAGUUUCUCCGGUGCAGCCUCACCGUACAUGCAGCUGCUUAUGGAAGUUGUUUUCCCCGCGGUGAGAAUAUCGGGGACGAAUUCUUGGCAUGCACGGGACCCGGAGCCCAUGCUCAGGUUUCUGGAGUCUUGGGAUGAACUUCUGCCACCAGUUGUCCUGCAGACCAUAUUAGACACUGUGAUUAUGCCCAAAUUAUCGGCCGCUGUCGACUCGUGGGAUCCGCGCAGGGAGACCAUCCCAAUCCAUUCGUGGGUCCACCCGUGGCUGCCGUUGUUGGGCCAGAAGCUGGAAUCCUGCUACCACACAAUACGCCACAGGCUUGCAAGCGUCCUACAUGCCUGGCACCCAAGUGACAUGUCUGCCUAUUACAUACUCUCCCCGUGGAAGACUGUGUUCGACCCCGCAAACUGGGAGCAGCUAAUGGUUCGGUACAUAAUUCCAAAGCUUUUGAUGGUCAUGCACGAGCUAACGAUAAAUCCCGCGAACCAGAACCUUGAUCAGUUCUACUGGGUGAGGACGUGGGCCACAGCAAUACCCACGCACCACAUGCUUCCUUUGAUGGAUAUUUUCUUCAACAAGUGGCAGGAAGUCCUGUACCACUGGUUGUGUUCGAAGCCGGAUUUCGAGGAGGUGACUAAAUGGUACCUUGGAUGGAAAGAGCUUCUACCUCCAGAGCUUCAGGCGAAUGAGCACAUUCGAGCCAGGCUUAACCUCGGCUUGGACAUGAUGAACCAAGCAGUUGAGGGCAUGGAGGUGGUGCCACCAGGCUUGAGGGAGAAUAUUGGUUAUCUGAGGGCCCGUGAACAGAGGCAGUUUGAGACUCAGAAGAAGGCGGCUGCUCAAGCUCAGUCGGAGGGAGUUGGUGGAGGGCACGAGAUGAGCUUGAAAGAAGUUAUCGAGAUACAUGCGCAGCAGAAUGGCCUGUUGUUCAAGCCUAAGCCUGGGAGAAUGCAGGAUGGGCACCAGAUAUAUGGGUUUGGUAAUAUAAGUAUAAUUGUGGACUCGCUCAAUCAGAAGGUGUUUGCCCAGGUGGACGAGAGGUGGAGUCUUGUGUCGCUCGAGCAACUGCUGGAUUUGCAUAACCGUUCUAGAUCGAGACGACAUUGA